CAAAAUCUUGUCAAGCGUCGCCCGACCCGUCGCCGCAGCAUGCGUACGAACCUCGCGUGGUCCGACAAGGUACCCGACCGCAAUGGUGCCAAGGUCGUCGUGCAGGACCUCGCGUUCCACCCCGACGGCUCGCAGCUCGUCGCCGCCAUUGGCAACCGCGUCAUGAUCUACGACGCCACGAACGGAACGCUCUUGCAUUCGCUCAAAGGCCACAAGGAUACGGUAUAUACCGUCGACUAUGCACACGAUGGCAAGCGGUUCGCGUCUGGCGGCGCCGACAACGUUGUCAUCAUCUGGACCGACAAAGCCGAGGGCAUCCUCAAGUACACGCACAACGAAAGCAUCCAAAAGGUCGUGUACAAUCCGCAGUCGCAGUGCCUUGCGAGCUGCACGGCCGCCGAUUUCGGUCUCUGGUCGCCCGAGCAAAAGUCGGUCGCUAAGCACAAGGUCGUCUCCAAGAUCCUCUGCGCGAGCUGGAGCAUUGACGGCGAGCUCCUCGCGCUGGGUCUCUUCAACGGGCAUAUCCUCUUGCGCGACAAGCAGGGCGGCGAGAAGGCGCUCAUCGAGCGCAGUGCGCCGAUCUGGACCAUCUGCUGGAGCCCGUGCCGGGACGACGAGGUCGAAAUCCUCGCGGUUGGGUGCUGGGAUCGCACCAUGUCGUUCUACCAAGCCAAUGGCACGCCCGUGGGGAAGGACCGCAAGCUGCAGUUUGAUCCGUGCUGUGUCAGCUACUACCACAAGGGCAAGUACCUCAUUGUGAGCGGUUCCAACCACAAGGCGAGUUUGUUUACAAAAGAAGGCAUCUUCCUCGCCGACAUCUGCGACACGGGCGCGUGGGUCUGGGCAGCCAAAGCACGACCAAAAGCCAACGCGAUCGCGGUCGGCAGCGACGACGGCACGAUCGCCGUGUACAAUAUUGUCUUUGGCACCGUCCACGGCAUUUUCCAAGAACGGUAUUCGUACCGUGAAAACAUGACCGAUGUCAUUGUGCAGCACCUCAUGACCGACCAAAAAGUCCGCAUCAAAUCGCGCGACUAUGUCAAGAAGAUUGCCGUGUACCGGGACCGCCUCGCGGUGCAGCUCUCGGACCGCAUCAUCAUUUACGAGCUCACGAACGAGACGUCGUACGACAUGCACUACCGCGUCCGCGAGCGUAUCCAGAAGGACCUCCCGUGCUCCCUCCUCGUUGUGACGUCGCUGCAUUUCAUCUUGUGCCAGCAGCGCAAAUUGCAGCAGUACAACUUCUCCGGCAAGAAAGAGCGCGAGUGGAUCCUUGAGGCGCCAAUUCGGUACAUCACUGUGACGGGCGGCGCCAAAGGCAAGGAAGGUCUUCUCGUCGGCUUGAAGGACGGCAGCGUGCUCCAGAUUUUUAUCGACAAUCCAUUCCCGAUCCCGCUCAUCAAGCAACCCAACGCGAUCGUUUGCCUUGAUAUUUCGGCCAAUCGGGAAAAGCUCGCGGUCGUCGACGACAGCAACAACUGCCUCGUGUACAACUUGGUGACCAAAGAGCUCUUGUACGAAGAGAAGGGCGCGAAUAGCGUGGCGUGGAACAACGAGUUUGAAGACAUGCUUUGCUUUGCGGGCAACGGCCAGCUCAAGAUCAAGACGGGCAACUUCCCCGUGCACAGCCAGCGCAUGCAAGGCUUCGUCGUUGGUUUUACCGGCUCCAAAGUCUUUUGUCUCCACGCACUCACCGUGCAGGCCAUUGACGUGCCGCAGUCGGCGCCGCUCUAUCGCUACGUCGAGCAAAUGGAGUUUGGCCUUGCGUACAGCGUCGCGUGCCUUGGCGUCACGGAAAGCGACUGGCGGUUCCUCGCCUGGGAAGCCCUAAAACACAUGAACUUUGCGAUUGCGCGCAAGGGCUUUGUCCGCGUCCGCGACAUUCGCUACAUCGAGCUGGUCAACAGCCUCGAAGCGACGCGCAAGGCGCAAGAAGCGACGUCGCCCGCGCCGGACGUCGACAAGAAGCACAAGAUGCUCAUGCAAGCCGAGAUCCUCGCGUACCAGAGCAAGUUCCAGCUGGCCGCCAAAGUCCUCAUAGACGCCGACGAAGCCGGGCGCGCGAUUCAAAUGUUCUCGGACCUGCGCAUGUGGGACGAAGCCAAGAAGUUUGCGGCGCAGAGCAAAGCGAUUGACGUCAAGCAGCUCGUGCUGGACCAAGCCAAGUGGGCCGAGGACGUCCACGACUGGCGCGCGGCCUCGGAAAUGUACCUUGCGAGCGGCAAUCUCCUCAAAGCGGUGCAGAUUAUGGGCGCGCGCGGCUGGCACAACGACUUGGUUGAAGUCGUCCAGCGCCCCGACGCCGACAGCCAAGUGCUCGCCCUCUGCGCCGACUACCUCUACAAGGCCGGCAAGUUCAAGCAGUGCCGCGAUGUCUACGUCAAGAUUGGCAACUUUGACGCGCUCCUCAAGAUGCACAUUGACUGCCACGAAUGGGAAGAAGCGGUUCGAUUGGCGCAAAAGCACAAGGACAAGGUCAAGAACCUCGCCGAUGUCUACGUGCCAUACGCCGAAUGGCUCGCGACCCAAGAUCGGUUUGAAGAUGCCCUCGGCGCCUACACGCUCGCCAAGCGACCGGAAAAGUGCAUGGCGCUCCUCGACGAGCUCAUUGCGUCGGCCGUCGCCGAGACGCGCUUCAAGGACGCAUCGUACUACCACUGGCGCAUCUGCGACGAGAUGCUGGGCUCGAUCAAAGCGUCCUCGCCCGAGAAUGUGACGGCCAACGACCAAAAGACUCUUGCGUCGGCCAUGUCACACGAAGUCGACGGCAAAAUCUACUAUGCGUACAGCCUCAUCUUUGCGUACACGGACGAGCCGUUCACGACGCUGCAGCCCGAGACCCUCUUCCACGCGUCGCGCUUUCUUCUCAACGUCUUGGGGAAGGAGAAGCCGCCACCGGGCAUCUCCAUCGCUCGCAUUGCGUUCACUUUGGCGCAGCACGCGCAGCAGCUCGAGGCGUUCAAACUGGCGCGCCUCAUGUACGAGCGGCUUCAGACGAUGCGCGUCCGGCCCGAGUGGCAGCAAACGAUCGACCUUACGAGCAUGGUCAUUCAGACCAAGCCGUAUUCGGACCGGGACGACUUGCUUCCGAUUGACUAUCGGUCGUCGACGACCAACCCACUGCUGCACCCGACGAGCGGCGGCGACGUCUGCGUCAACUCGGCCCACCCGUUCGUGCGGUCGUUUCUGUCGUUUGACAACUUGCCGCUGGUCGAGUUUGCGCCGACGCCCGACUUGAGCGACGACGAGGCGAUGGCGCUGAUCGAAACGUUGCCGCCGAUCCAGCAAGGUGAGCACAACAACGACAAGUGGAAGACGUCCGACCACGGCGGCGCGCAGAGCAUGCAGCUCAACGACCAUACGGACGACGAGCCGCAGACGGGGAAUUUGUUUGAGCGCGCGCUCAACAAGCAGGGCGGGCAUGGUCGCGGCGCACCGUACCGUGUGCUCGUCGUGGAUGCCAAAGUGCUGUUGAGUUUGAGACCCAACGAAGUGUUUGUCGUGAAAUACCCGACGAAAGCGCUGCGCUACAAGUACUACAAGAACAUGAUCCCGGACAUCAAGGUGCACCUCUCGCCAAGCUGCCGCAUGUUUUUCCACGAAGACGACUUUGAGUUUGAGCACUUGCGCCAAGGCUGCUGCCCGUACUGCCGCGUCGACGAGUACAGCGAGCACGCGUAACAGUAUCAACUUGAUAAUAUCGAAACAAGGCGCUUGUUUAUAUCCAAA